AUGGAUAACGGCACAGAUUCUGACACGGAGGCGUCAAGCUCGGCAAUAGAUUAUGACAUUCUUAGUCCCCGAUGCUGUGUCAGACCGCCAAUGCCAUGGUUUGGAAUGGAUAUUGGAGGGACAUUAACGAAACUGAUUUAUUUUGAGCCUAAGGACAGGACAGCACAAGAAGCAGAAGAAGAAAAAGAAACUAUAAAAGUUAUUCAUAGUUAUCUAAUUGGAAAUGUCGCAUAUGGAAAAACAGGUAUCAGGGAUGUGCAUUUAGAAAUGUGCAAUCAGACUAUUGGAGGACGGACAGGAAGUUUACAUUUUAUAAGGUUUCCAACAUGUGAGAUGUCUGCGUUUAUUGAUCUGGCUAAAGCCAAAAACUUUUCUAGCUUAGCAACAGGGAUAUGUGCAACAGGAGGAGGAGCCUACAAGUUUGAAGAAGAGUUUAAACAGCGUGUAAAUCUAAGUAUGUACAAGUUUGAUGAAUUGGAUUGCUUGAUAAAGGGUAUUCACUAUAUUGACCGACACAACCUGAGUGAGUGUUAUUAUUGGAAGAAUCCAGGGGACCCUGAUUCAUGUGAAAAAGUUCCAUUUGACUUCCACGAUCCUUAUCCCUAUUUGGUGGUCAAUGUGGGGUCAGGGGUCAGUAUACUGGCUGUUCGUGCUUAUAAUGACUAUAAGCGAGUCAGUGGUACAAGUCUUGGAGGUGGAACUUUCUUCGGUCUGUGUUGUCUUCUCACCAACUGUGAAACUUUUGAGGAGGCAAUAGCAUUAGCAUCCAAGGGAGACAAUACCAAGGUAGACAAAAGAGUCAAGGAUAUAUAUGGUGGAGACUACAAUAGGUUCCAUUUGUCUGGUGAUAUUGUAGCUAGCAGCUUUGGACAAAUGCACAUAAAAGAAAAGAGAGAACAAUCCACAAGGGAGGAUUUAGCUAGAGCAACACUGACAACCAUAACAAACAACAUUGGAUCUAUAGCCAGAAUGUGUGCUGUUACAGAGAAAAUUGAGCGUGUAGUUUUUGUCGGAAACUUUCUACGGGUAAAUACAAUUUCUAUGAAGUUGUUAGCAUACGCCAUGGAGUUUUGGUCUGAUGGAGCAAUGAAGGCUCUUUUCUUGGAACAUGAGGGUUAUUUUGGAGCUAUGGGAUGUAUGAUGGAAUAUGUUGCCACAAGUACUAGAGACUCGUUUCCCUAUCCGCAUCCUGAUAACAAGACUACUGGACACAAUGGUCAUCGUCCUGGCUGUACUGAAUCUGACCAUCACAAUUCUGACCACAUUGACAAGGACCAUAAACAAACCAAUGGAUUAGGAUGACCACAAUGAUUAUUGGUG